UAGAUAGUCGAAAAGUACGUUCAAAUAGUUAUGAACACUUUCGCAGACGAACGGUAGUUUAUGUGCUUACGCAAUGUGUUCCAAAAUUUUGUCAUGUUAUAGUCUCGGCGUCUUCACAACUAAACAUAGAUUUAACUUUGCGUGCCUCAGAGCAAUGGGGAGCUACAGUGACCGGACUGAGCGCAAACCGAGACCACACGGAGCCGAAGACUUUGCGGUGAAGAACAUGGCAACUAAAGAUGAGGUGAUUAAUAUGUGGAAAGUAGCAGAUGCAGUUUGUUUCGAUGUUGACUCGACAGUGAUUAGAGAAGAAGCCAUAGAUGAACUAGCUACAUUUUGUGGGAAAGGUGAAGAAGUUGCAAAAUUGACAGAGGAAGCAAUGAAAGGAAGUAUGAAUUUCCGUGAUGCUUUUGCGCGGAGACUUGACAUUAUCAAGCCUCAGAUGUCACAGUUAAGAGAUUUUAUAAGUGCUCGUCCUCAUAAGUUGACACCAGGUAUAAAAGAGUUAGUUGAAGCUCUUCAUCAGAGAAGUACACCUGUUUACCUAGUCUCUGGAGGAAUGAGAGGUCUGGUCACUCCCGUUGCCUUAGAAUUAAAUAUACCACUGGAGAAUGUAUUUGCAAAUCGAUUAAAAUUCUUCUUCAAUGGUGAUUAUGCAGGAUUUGAUGAAAAUGAACCCACCUCAAAAACUGGUGGAAAAGGUGAAGUGAUCAGAAAGCUGAAAGACAAAUAUGGGUAUUCAACUUUAGUAUUAAUAGGUGAUGGAGCUACAGAUUUAGAAGCAUGUCCACCAGCAGAUGCAUUUAUUGGUUUUGGAGGAAAUGUGGUUAGAGAGGCAGUUAAGGCUAAAGCUCAGUGGUAUGUUACCGACUUCAAGGAAUUGCUGGAUGCCCUCCAAGAAUAAUAAAUCGAAAUUUGAAACUUGUUGUUGGUACAGAAGCAAAUAUUUUGGCUGUGAUAAAUGUGGAACGAAUGCUAACAUGUCUGUUGUGAUUUAUUCUUUGUUAUAAUUUGUCAUUGUGUUCUGUAUUAUGAAUUACAUUUUCUUAAACGUAAA